GAUAUAAGAUCUCCAAUCAACUCUUGCAACAACCUAAGAAAAUUCAAAGAGAGAGAGGGAGGAGGAGGAGAAGAAAAUGUCAUCUGUUCUAAUAAGGAUUUUGCUUUCUGUUUAUCUUGUUAUAAUGAUUCCACAGAAAUCAGGUGCGCAAUUGAUGCCGGAAUGGUGCGUAGCUGAUGAACAGACCCCAGAUGACAAACUACAGAUAGCUCUUGACUGGGCAUGUGGGAAAGGUGGAGCUGAUUGUACCAAAAUCCAAUUACAUCAGCCCUGCUAUCUACCCAAUACAGUGAGGGACCAUGCAUCCUACGCGUUCAACAGCUACUGGCAGAAAUUCAAGAACAAAGGGGGCUCUUGCUAUUUCAGUGCUGCUGCUAUGGUCACUGAUCUGGACCCAAGUCACGGAUCAUGCAAAUACGAGUAUCUUCCCUGAUUGGACGGUCAGGAUACCACAGAGUCGAAUGAGCUUCGGAAUUUUUAUUUUUAUUUUUUCUCCAGAUUAGAUUUUGAUUGGCAAAAUACGAACUCUUCAAAUUACAAUCCAA